CAAAAAUGAGGGAACUGCAAUAAGGGGGAUCGGGCCACAUUGGAUCAACUUGCCCACGCGAGCGGGAUUAGACUUUUGACCUUUUUGUAUAAAAGAAAUGGAAUUUCUGAUCGACAAUUAUAUUUCCCCAUUAUCAUCAACAAUAAGCAUCUCUCCUCCACUUUCUUCUAAACAUGUCUACUUCUUCUCGUGUCGCCCUCUUUUUUGCUAUUGCUUUAGUUGCUUGUAUUUACUUGGUAUCUGCUGCUCCUAUUGUCAAUGAUGAAUCCGCUCAAUUAGAAUUGGCAUCUGUCUCCCCCUUCAAAAUCAAUGUAUUCAAAAAGCAUCAUGAAGAUAACGAGGAUAACGAAGAUUACGAAGAAGAAAGCGAAGAAAUCACCACUACCACCACUAAGAAACACAAGCACAAGCAAACUUCUACUGCUACUGCUACUACCACUACCGCUAAAGCCACUACCACUACUACUUCCGCUGAACCCACUCCCACUAUCACCAAAAAGAAGAGCGCUUCUUCAUCUGGCUCAUCUGGCUACUCUGGUGACGCUACUUACUACGGAACUGGUAUGGGUUCUUGUGGUCAUGACAGUUCAGAUAGCGAUUACAUUGUUGCCUUGAAUUACGGUCAAAUGAAGAACGGUGCUAACCCUAACAACAACCCUCUCUGUGGUAAGAAGAUUACUGCUAAGGGUCCCAAUGGAAGUGUCAUUGUAACCAUUGUUGAUACCUGUCCUGGUUGUGCUUAUGGUGAUUUGGAUUUGUCUCCUGCUGCCUUUGCUAAAAUUGCUGAUAUGGCUCGUGGAAGAGUUCCUAUCACUUGGUCUUUCAACUAAUUUAUAUCAUUCACAUUUACUUUUUUUUUUUUUUACUACAUAUUUCUCUGGUAGAAACAUGAUAUUCUGACUUGAUGUCAAUAUCAUUUAUCCCCCAAAAAUUUAUACACAAAUCCCCACAUACUCUUUUCGAUAAAGAAAUAUGUUUCCUGGACUGGUUCCUUAUCUGCAUUUAAAAUAAAAAACAAGAAUUGUAUUCUUUUUAUCAUUAAAUAA